AUGGCCUCCGACGUCGAUCGCCGUUUACAUGAUGUCGGCGUCGCCGCCCUUGCGGCUGUUUCGCAGUAUCCUCGCCCCGUAAAUGAUCACAGCGGGUCGUUUUUAGUUUCUGAGGUCGUUAACGCUGUUACUGGUGCUGGUAGUCCUCCGAAUUUUCACGUUUUCAGAGGGAACUCCCUCCUACCUGGGCAUAGGAGUUUUUACCCAACACCAUCUGACACGGAUAGUGCUUCGGGGCCGGAUUUUGUUUUUGGAUCGCGUCCCGAUCGUGAUGUUAAUAUGGACUCGGUUGUUCGGCAGUUACUUGAUCGCGCCGCUGGUCAUGACAAUAUGACCAUGAUUACGCAGGAAUGCGACGAUAGUGCGCGCGACAAAGAUAUGGUUAUGGAUUACGAGUCCGAUGCCGGCGAAGAGAAUCCUUCUCCGCCUUCUAUUCCAGAUGAUGAGUUUGAGGACUUUAUCCGAUUCUAUCCGGACGAGGAGGAAUACUACCAUCAACGCAGAGGUCGUCCGACCGAGGCUCCCCCGAUGGCGGAUUUCGACCUCAAUGACUUUUAUCUCAAUAUCAACUACGAUGAUAUCGAUGUGGAUCUACCCCAGACGCUUGGCAUCCCAGUUUUAGAUCCCUCUGAUACCCCGGACUUUGCUGAUCAGCCGGAAUUCCCUGGACCUCACCCGGCAUCUAUCAUUCACACCUCUACGUACGAACGCAACCUCACCAUUGAUGAGUUCAUCCAGCGCUGGAUGGUCCAAACCAAUGUUAUCCCCCACGGCUUCCACAGCGAAAGCAGGAUCCCACCACAGCUCCGCCCAUUGUCCAAGAUGAUUAGUUGGAGUCCGCCACAGACGGUCGUUCGGCCGCAUGAAUGGAGGCGCGACUUUUACGAUUUGCAGCAGAUUCCUUGGACGGAAACGCUGCGUGUCAAACGCUCCGAUGCUCGAACACUGCGUGAUGCUUGGUACACAUCAUACCAUAACUUGGAUUAUUCGCAUAUGAGCCAUGCCAAGCGACUUCCGGGAAAAGAGUCAUUCUUCCGCGGGACCUCCAUGCACACUUCAUACAAAGCCUCCAUCGAGCAUUUCCAACUCCGCAACUUGAUCUCCACCCCAGCAUCCAAUACUGUCCAUUUCGCAUGUCAUUCCAAGGUACUAUCGUGGACACCAACAACCGGCGACGCACGCUGCCUCAUCGAUCUAAGCCAAGCAGACCCAGACUCCGGCUUCCUAGGGCCAGUCAAGAUAUCAACAAUGAAAACAGCCCACGGCCUCACAAUCGCCGGCGGUUUCUGCGGCGAAUACGCCCUCCGCAGCUCAACCGGCUCCGGCUCCGGCACAAAAGGCCUAGUGACCCCCGACUUUAACGACGGCAUAACAAACCAUGUAGACAUAAUCCCAAACCGAACGGGCCCCUCCCCAAUCGGUGUCUUCGCCUCAAACGACAAACACCUUCGCAUCCUCGACACAGAGACAAACAUCUUCACCUCGGACCACGAACUCUCCCAACCAAUAAACUGUACCGCAACCUCGCCCGACAGCCGCCUCCGGGUCGUAAUCGGCGACUCGCCAGACGCAUGGGUCAUAGAAUCCGACACCGGCCGGCCAGUCCACCCCCUCCGCGGCCACCGCGACUUCGGCUUCGCCUGCGCCUGGUCCCCGGAUAUGCGCCAUAUAGCAACAAGCAACCAGGACAAAACACUCAUCAUCUGGGACGCGCGCACGUGGCGACCCCUCGAAACAAUCGACUCCGACGUGGCAGGCUAUAGAUCUCUACGUUUUUCGCCUGUCGGCGGUGGUCCGCGGAUGUUGCUGUGCACUGAGCCAGCGGAUCGAAUUUCAAUUCUGGACGCACAACUCUUCCAAUCGAGACAGGUUCAUGAUUUCUUUGGGGAGAUUGGUGGUGCGGAUUUCUCACCUGAUGGCUCGGAGAUUUGGGUUGCGAAUACUGAUCGCCAUUUCGGUGGCUUCAUGCAGUAUGAGCGGAGGCAGUGGGGGCAGCGGGUUGGGUUGACGGAUUUGCCUAGUGAGUGGGCGAGUGAGGUUGAGUUGGAGGAGGAUUCGCGGUGUGUGUUGAGUGCGCGUGAGAGGUCGUUGCGCUUUUUGAGGAAUUUGUCGAGUGAUGAGCAUGAGGCUUUGAUUCUUUGA